AUGUAAAAAGCAAAAAUGAUAGAAAAUGAAAAAGAUUUUGAAUGUUAACACAAACAUGACUAACCGAUUCUUUUGGUUGUGCUUGAUCCAAAACUAGACAAGAAACAAAGGUUUUUAUGCAAUAAAUGUAUGGAAAACUUCGAAUCAGAUGCUAAAACUAUAGGAUUUUAAAAAAUAAUAUUGAUUAAAAUAUGAACAAUUUACAAAAUAUUACUUAGAAAACAGUGCAACAAUUAUCAAUUUGUAUUGAAAAUAUAUAAGAAUUAAAGACAUAAUUGAUGAAAUUAUUUGAUUCUAUGAUUAACAUAGCUCAAGAUUGGACUCAAAAUCUAUUAGCAUAAUGUUAAUAAUUCAAUGAAUAUAGUUUAUAUGAUGAAUUAGAUUCCUUCAUUAAGAAUUAGAAUAUUAAUUAUACAUCUAAUAUAACACUUAUCAAUAAUAUUAAUAAAUCUUGGAAGACUAAAUUAUCUAAUAACUUAAAUUAAUAUAUUCAACAUAAAGAUAAACUUAACUUUAAAUAGAUAAAAGAAAAAUUUAUUAACAUUGAUUGUUCAAGUUUGUCAAAAAAUAGUGAAAUCAAAUUAAACUUAAUUGAUUAAUCUUUUAAAUAAAAUGUGGAUUGUUAUGCAAUAGUUUUUGAUUCUACUGGGUCUAUUAUGGUAUCAACAGAAAAUAAUGAUAUUAAAGUAUGGAACUUUUUAAAUGGAACAAUUAAAUUGAUUAAAACAUUGUAAGGACAUACUGAAUGGGUUUAAUGUUUAGUUUAUAGUAAUAAAUAGAAUUUCUUUAUUUCAGGUGCAUAAGACAAUACAAUAAGAUGCUGGAAAUAAUUGGAUUAAACUAAUUGGAGUAGUUCAUAACCUUACGAAUAACAUAAAAAUUUUGUAAGAUGUAUUACAUUAAAUUCAAAUGAGGAUCUACUAUUUUCUGGAAGUGGAGAUAAAUCAAUUAAAGUAUGGAAGGUUGAUUUUAAUAAAAAUAUAUUGACAUACAUGUAUUCAUUAGAUAAACAUGAUAAUAGUGUUAUGGCAUUAAGUUUAAAUUAAUCAGAAACAUAAUUAAUAUCAUGUGCAUAAAAUAAGAAUUAGAUUAUAAUUUGGGAAAGAAGAGUAUAAGAUAAGUUUGAAUUCAAACAUUUUGUUACACAGUCAAUUUAAGAAGAAGGACUUAAGAUUAAAUUUAUUAAAGAUAAUUAAUUUAUUUGGAUAACUGGUGGUAAAUAAAUAGAUAAACUCUAUAUAUUUGAAUUAAAAGAAGGAGUCUUUUAAGAAAAUUAGGAGAAGACAAUUCAAUUAAUUACAAAUAAUUAGAAACCUGAUGAAUAUCAUUUUCCAAUAAUUUACAAUAAGGAGAGGAAUUUAAUUGUAGUAAGACAUAAAACCUAUAUUUAUAUCAUUAUAGAGAUGAAUAAUGGGAAGUUCAAAAUAGUUGAUUAAUUGAAUUGUGACACAAUACAAAUUUAUGGAACUAUCACAAACAAUGGAUAAUAUUUGGUCUAUUGGGAUAAGAAAAGUCAAGCAUAUUCAACAUAUGAAUUAUUAAAUAAAUGA